AUGGCCAACGCCAGAUUCGUGCUAUUCCGGGUUGAGUGGACCAGAGCCCGCCGGGUCUCCGCCGUCUCGGACCUUACCUUCUUAUCCCAUUACAACACCGACGGUGUUGCAAGAGGUACCACUAGAAGCACAAUCAGGCCGGAGGAAACGUAA